GUUUGUUUUACACUAUUUCGCUGAUUGUUCUCCAAGAAGUUGUUAGAAUCAAACAAAACAUGAAGACUAAAGUUCUCUGUGCAAUUGCAAUAAUUGCAUUUUCUUGUGUUAUUUCAGUGAUGAGCUACCGUACAGCCGGAACUUCAAAAUAUGAUUGCUUCCCAGGUUAUAUGAAAAUUGACUUUGACCGCCGGACUCCAUUGCACGAAGUAACACUUUCAACAAAUUCAUUCCAAACUCCAGGAUGUUCAAAAAAAUUCAUGCCCGGAGAGCCUGCGGUUAUGGAGAUAAAUUUUGAAAAAUGCACGGGAGGAGCUGAAAACUUUAAAUUAAAUGUCGGGGAAUUCAAGCCCGGUGAAAUGGAUCAAUCAUUGUACAGUUUGGAUAUUUACUGUGAAAACAAACCUAUUGCUUAAUUUUUUAAUACUAAAAUAAAUAAAUUAAACAAUUUAUU